UUUCGUAGGCUCUUCAAUAGAUCCCAGAUCUGAAAUAAGGCACAAAAUGAUGGUCUCGUAUCUGGCUCUCCUGCGAGCGACGAGACUUUACCAAGUGGGCCAUACGAGCUGCGGACAGUUGGUAGGGCUUCCAAAACUAAGGACCGCUAACCCAAUCUCUUGGACCCCAUUCCGGAUGGCGGCGACCGUGACGCUGGAGCCCGCGGGCCGUUGCUGCUGGGACGAGCCGGUGCGCAUCGCUGUGCGCGGCCUGGCCCCAGAGCAGCCGGUCACGCUGCGCGCGUCCCUGCGCGACGAGAAGGGCGCGCUCUUCAGGGCCCACGCGCGCUACUGCGCCGACGCCGACGGCCAGCUGGACCUGGCGCGCGCGCCCGCGCUGGGCGGCAGCUUCGUGGGGCUCGAGCCCAUGGGGCUCUUCUGGGCUCUGGAGCCCGAGAAGCCUUUGCUACGGCUGGUGAAGCGGGACGUGCAGACGCCCUUCGCCGUGGAGCUGGAGGUGUUCGAGGGCCACGAGCCCGAGGGCGGGCGGCUCCUGGGCCGGGCUGUGCACGAGCGCGACUUCCUGCCGCCCGGGGUUCGGCGGGAGCCGGUGCGCGCGGGCCGGGUGCGCGCCACGCUUUUCCUGCCUCCAGAUCCUGGCCCCUUUCCUGGGAUCGUGGACCUUUUUGGAGCUGGAGGGGGCCUUCCGGAAUACCGAGCCAGUCUGCUGGCUGGGAAGGGUUUUGCUGUGAUGGCGCUGGCUUAUCAUAACUAUGAAGACCUCCCCAAAGGCAUAGAGAAUGUCCACCUGGAGUACUUUGAAGAAGCUCUGAACUACUUACUUAGUCACCCUCAGGUGAAGGGUCCAGGAGUCGGGCUGCUUGGGAUUUCCAAAGGCGGUGAACUCUGCCUCUCCAUGGCCUCCUUCCUGAAGAGCAUCACCGCCACCGUGGUAAUCAAUGCCUCUGUGGCCAACAUCGGGGGAACCUUGCACUACAAGGGUGAGACCCUGCCCCCUCUGGGCACCAACCUAAGUCGAAUCAACGUGACCAAAGAUGGCUUUGCAGACAUUUUGCAUGUCCUCAACAGCCCUUUGGAGGGACCUGACCAGAAGAGUUUCAUUCCUGUGGAAAGGGCUGAGAGUGCCUUCCUGUUCCUUGUGGGUCAGGAUGACCACAACUGGAAGAGUGAGUUCUAUGCUAAUGAGGCCUCUAAGCGCUUGCAGGCCCAUGGGAAGGAGAAGCCCCAGAUCAUCUGCUACCCAAGGGCGGGACACUAUAUUGAGCCUCCUUACUUCCCCCUGUGCCGGGCUUCUCUGCACGUCUUGGUGGGCCGCUCUGUCAUCUGGGGAGGGGAGCCCAGGGCUCAUGCCAUGGCCCAGGUGGAUGCCUGGCAGCAGCUCCAGACUUUCUUCCACAAACACUUGGGCGGGGAGAAGGGGACGAUCCCAGCAAAACUGUGAUUGGGUCGCAUCUGAUUGGGUGGCAUCCCUGAUGCUAAUCUCUCCUGGGAACAGCUGCCAGAAGUUGUGUAUCCGUAUGUGUAGUUUUUUUUUCUCUUCAAUAAUUACUUAAGAGUUCUUCCCCCUUCACUGUUAGAGUGAACAUACCAAGAAGUUUUCAAGAUUUUUAUAAUUACAUACUUUUUCAGUUGUUUGAGGGGAGAGUGAUGCUCUAGAAAACAUAAGAGAUGGAGAAAGCAUACCUUUUAGUAUCUAACAACAUCCACCUGACAAAGCUAUAGCCCUGAAAGGAAAAGAGCAAUACCUGACUAACAGUGCCUGGUACACGACUGCUGCUCAGUAGCAAUUUGUUGUGUUACUUAUUAUUAUAUUUGAGUAUGUAUAAUAACUAAUAAACGUUAUCUACUGUGGAAAAAAAGCAUA